AUGGAAACCCAGGACGAUAGUAUCGAUCUUGCAAAGUUGCAACGCGACGCGUUGGGGCUAAAGCACGAUCUGUCUCAGCCGUACCUUUCGAGGGGUGAAAAAACUGGUAACGAGCCGAAUAACACUCUUUGUUACACAUCCCACAAAGUCAACGGCGCUUCCAAUGGUGACGGAGUGUGCACCGGCCAAAAUCUACCUCCGAAAACACCAUCGAACCCCGCGAGCCUUGUGCACCAACACCAUUCCCCUCCGUCUCAACCUCGGCAGCAUGAGUCACGACCAAUAAUGUCCAAUAAUAGUGUUAAUGAACUGGGUGUUGUAAGGGGAUCGCAAUCCGGCAACAUGAGCUCCGCAGAGGCUGGCCCUGGGGAUACCCAGGUCGUCUCGCAAUCAGUGUAUGACAGCAUUAUCAGACAAAACGAGGAAUCCAUGGAGCAGGAUUAUUCACAAACAGGGGCCGAUGGUGCGACAUUGAGAACAUUGCAUGAGGGUGACAGCGGCCAUAUCGACCUCAUUUCCGAAUUGGACGCCGCGCACCACGGAGCGAACCUCUCCCAAGAUGACGAUGAGAGCACUUUCGAUCCGAAUGAGUCUUCUCCAAUGGCUUAUGCACCCAAUCUCUUCCCCGAAUCGCAACGGUUCCUAGCAGAAACACCCGGAACGGCAGUGAAAAAGAAUGAGGUGAAUGGUGGGAUAGUAGAGACUCCAAGCGUCUCACGGAAUCCUCUGGCUAGUGGCAUCGAGUCAAGUGGUGGUAUUCUUGGUCUGAGCCAGGUCUUCGGAGCUACCCAGGUCCCGUCCUCUCCUAUUGUCCACGGUCUGCAGACGGAGCUUGUAUCAGAUCGUCCGUCGCCUAAUAUUCCGAUUCAACCCGCUCGUGUUGUCAAUGGUAUCUCGUCGCCGUUAAUGGGCUUGCCGGUUCAGUUUAUGAGAGAAUCAUCCGAACCGAACAUGAACUAUAUAUCGAUGAAGGAAUCACAGACAAAGCGCGACAGGACUUUGGGGGAGAGGUUGACUCGCUCGGCCGACAAUAUUCAAUCGGAUCAGAGCGACAAGGAAUUCUAUAAGGAGUCCAGCUUUAUAGAACGUGCACGACGACAGCGAGAAAUCGACGAGGAAGCUGCGGCUCAGUUCGCUGGGCUGAGUGCUCCUGCCAGAUCUACAUCUAAUCUCUCCGCCAGAGCACAGACUUCUCCCGAGCAGCUAGAGCAGCCUCGCGAAGAUGAGGAAAUGAUAGAAGCUGUUGCCAGUGAGGAAGAAACCGAACAGGAAGAAGAAGAUAUGCAGGUGCCCCGAUCACAAGAGCUCCCCCAAUCUUCAGCCGAAGAAGACAAAGAGAAUUACGACGGACCUCCUAUAGAUGCUGCUGCUGCCGCUGCCGCCGCUAAUGCCCACGAUCGGCUCUCUCAUGUGCUUGGCUUUAAACCAAUUCCCUCGCCAUCUCGUGUGCGAGUUCAUGAUGAACUAGAGGGUGGGGUAGCUCAUCGAGGCUCUUUCGGCUCCCACAAUGGCGGUCAGCUGAAUGGUGUCUUGCGUUCUUCCCAGGUGAUGGUAAAAGACUCUCAGCCAUCACCUCAAUCCUCACAGAAACGUGUCGAAGCCGACAAUACUAGGAAUGUCAUUCACAUGUCGCCUUCGCGUUCUCGUGUGAAUUCUCCCGCACGAGACCGUCUUCAGUCCUCUCCCUGCUCACGACCACAACCAAGACAUUCGAACAGCAAUACCCAGAGAAAUGGCUCCCUGUCAAAUGAACAUGCUAUUCAGCCUGUCCAGAGUGAAUCAUUUAACGAGAAUAUACCAACAUGCUCUAGCAAUCCCUCAGAGCAGCAACAUGUAAACUCAUCGCAUUCCAGAGUGGAACCGGGAACUGCGGGCAACUCAUCAUCGAUGCCAUCCCGUGUGGCAGAGACACCUAUGAAUCAACGUCUUAAGCAUAUUGGGGAUAUGGCUCGAUUGACGAGUAUCCCAGAAACAAGUCCCAAUCACUCCCAAUGCAAUUCGGAGGCUGAGUCCAAUGGCGAUGGACUGAACAACGAAGACGACGAUCUUCCACCCAUGUUCAGUGAAGUCCCAAGCAUUCGAAAGAAUCAUAUUCGCCCCGCUGGGCCAAGGGCACUCUCUUCGCCUCUCAAAAAGUUGUUGUCCAGCCCGGGCGGAAGCCAACGCAGGGCUUUGACUGAAAUUGCGGCAGAUCUUUCGCCGCAAGUUGGGGCAGGGGGAUUUGAUCUGGGAAUUGGUGUCUUUACCACCGAAGAUCAAGAGUUCAGAGCCUUGAUUGAUGGAUCGCCGACUCGACCGAAGAAGAAGCGGCGCGGCAAUAAUGGCUCGAGUUACAUUGCCUCCGACCCUAUCAUACCUUUCACCCCUCGCGCACAGCCCCCGAAAUCCGUUGCGCCCAUUCGAGCAACACAAGAACGGCCGGCUCCCAUUCCCGUAGAUUCGGAUGACGUGCCUUUGGUUCAAGUCCCCGAGACAGCUGUGCGAAGGCAAUCAAAGCCCCCGCGGCGAGCUCCUGAAAAUGUUUGGGAGAUUGAGGGAUCGCCGGAACAGCCCUUCCGCCGGAGAUCCAAAAUUGGCAAGACAGCUACUUCGUUGUCCAUGCAAGAGAAACAUGUUCCAGAAAGGAAAUCCGGACUUACUGCAAGAUCGGCACCCCGACCAAAGGUUGUCGUUCAUAAUCAACCGCUGCCCCCAUCGUCGGAACUCACUGAGGUUUCAUCCACAGUUGCCUCGGAUGAUAUCAUUGGGUCAGAGGCGUACAGUGUCGAUGACUCUCCUACCACACCUCGACAAUCUCACACUUUGUCAGAAAACACUCUAGUUGCUCCAAGUCAGGUCCUUGCUGUCUGGAUGGGCCAGAAACGGGCAUACUACCCAGCGACAUGCUUUGGAACACCAUUGGGUGUAUCACAGACUAAAUACUCCGUGAAAUUUGAAGACAGUCUCCCUAUCGAGGUGCCGAAGGGUGCCGUUAAGAGAUUUGAGCUUCGUGUCGGAGACGCUGUUAAAAUUGAGAUGGAUAAUGUUCCCAAAGUCACUCAUGUUGUCCGCGGCCUCGGUGACAAGCUUACUAGAGCAGAGCUGACUAAAGCCGCCGACGAUGGCCUUUAUCCUAUAACCGACAUUUACGGUCAUACCACUGUCAUAGUCGGCCCCAAGCAACGCAAAAGUCUGCCAAACGGAGGAAUGGGCACUAGCGAGAAUACGAUUAAAGUGCCUAUUGCUCGUGUCUAUCUUGAUACUAUCUUGUGGAAUCAACUGAAAGAUCGGGCGUUCACAUAUCGCCCGCCACCUGCUCAACAAGAGAGCAUGGUCCAUACGCCAUCCGAAAGGUCAUCCGCGCCUGCUUCCCCCAGUUCUCGCUUGUCUCGCAGCAUUCACCAAGACAGUGGGAUCUUCGCCGGGAUGGCAUUUGCCGUCUCUUACAAGGAGGAUGAAGUAUCUAAAAACCGCGUGACCAGGUUGAUCAUCGAUAAUGGCGGCACUGUAUUACAUGAUGGAUUUACUGAAUUGUUCGAGGCUUCGUCAAUUGUUCCUGUUGAUACCCCCGCCAAAGGUGGAGCCAAGGAGGCAGACCUCAAUAACAAGGGUCUCCGUCUUACAGCUCUUGCUGAUGACGUUGGCUUUGCCUGUUUAAUUGCCGAUACCCACUCUCGGCGAGAAAAAUACAUGCAAGCGCUGGCAUUGAACCUCCCAUGUCUGGCCGGGCGGUGGGUAGAGGACUGUAUCGCCCAAGGUCGCGUCCUCGACUGGGAUAUCUACCUCCUCCCAGCUGGCGACUCGAUGUAUCUCAACGGAGCGACAAAAUCCAGAUUUAUGGCCCCCAACCCUCCGUCCACAGCCCGCCUCGCCAAAACAAUCUCCGCACGGACAAAGCUGCUUGCAGGGCAAUCGGUACUUCUUGUUAUGGGCCGUGGAAAAGCAGAGGAAAAGAGGAAGGCCUAUAUCUUCCUGACUUACGCCCUAGGGGCUUCCCGGGUUGAGCGUGUCCCUGAUAUCGGCACGGCCAGGGCAUUGAUAGACUCACAGUCUGACGCCGGUCUGCCGGCUAACUGGGACUGGAUAUAUGUUGACGAUGCAGAUCAAGCUGCUGCAAAAUCGAUGUUAACGCCCAAACCGAAAACGCAGAGAAUCCAUUUGUUCCAUGGGAAGAAGCGUAAGAAUUCGGUCUCAUCAUCCACUCCUACGCCCCCUAAUGAGAUGCAUUGUACUGCAAGAGUAGUCGGUAAUGAGUUUGUUUGUCAGAGUUUGAUUUUGGGUCGAUUGUUUGAGGAGUGA